AUGCCAAAAAGUGAGUCAGUGUCACUGACGCAACAAGAAGAUAUUGCGGCGGUUCAAGGAGUGGCUGAUGCUGCUGAAAAGAAUCUACUCCAAGUGGCAGACUUGAGCCAGCAGGCGCGAGCGUUUGCUGCUCUUGCGCGAAUCAAUAUUGCAGCUGAAAAAAUAGCCGAGAAGGCGGAUCAG